AUGUCAUAAAGUUGAUGUUUUCAAUGACCUGAUGACCAUGAAUGACCUGGCUAUGACGUGUGGGAUUAUCCCAGUACGUCACUCCUCCCUCCCCGGGAUCGUCAAACUUCCAAAAAGAUUUGAGAAGGCCGCCCUCGGCUCACCUAGAACCGCCAGACACCGGAAGGUGAGCGUGUGUGCCGGAGCGUUGAACACGCAGGAAACAAUUGGUGGUCGGAUGGACGACUUGAUGACGGCCGUCAUGUGGGUCAAACAGGAGCUGAUUCUCCUACGACAACACGACAUCCUGCUCAAGCGCCAGUUUUUCGACAUCCGGGACUCGAUCCAGUCCUUACAGCCCACCACCCCCCAACCAAUCAGCUCCACGGACCACGGUCACGUGACCAGCUCCUUCACCACGUGCUCCGUGCCCAGCUCGCCCGCCCAGACCCGAACCUUCAUGUCCAGCCACGCCGAGAGACUGCUGGACCCGCCCUCUCGCGCCUUCCGUCUGACCAGCACGACAGACCCCGACACGGACAGUGAGGAUUUUUUCGAGGACGAGUACUACCGUCCGCGGACCUCCUCCAUGAGGACGUCACGUGACUACGCGUCCAUCGCCAGGAGAAGGGGCAGCAAGGAGGUGAUAUGA